CUGUGAAUUGCCGAUACAAAAGCUGUUUCAAAAUCUCAUAAUUGAGAAAUACAUAUACUAUCUUGUUGUCCGUGCAUGUCGCUAUGUCGAUACCAAUCAAUUUGUUUUCUAACUGCCGUGCCAUCCACAAUGUACGUUCUGAUCCAAAAAACAGAGGCCUGGCAGAAUCUAUACGCGUGGCCCUAAAAGAAAGAAAGUUCCAGCUCAUUAAGGAGUUCACAAUCUUUCUCUGUGAAGCAAAACUUAAGGAUGACGAGGUCUUGUCAAUCCUAAAAGAUGCCAAAGAAGUUGUUCAACACUUAACUCCAGUUUUUUUAAAAGCAGUCAAGGCUUUGUUAUCUUUGAACUGGAAGAAAAGAAGUUCCGAGAUAAUCGAAGCAUAUAUUGAAUUUUAUGUGGACUUAUUGAUGACCCACAACCAAUAUCUUUCAAUAGGAGUAUUUAAACUUAUUGAACACUGGAUUCCUGAAAAAUCGGACAAAUUCGACUGGGUCAAGGGAUGUCCCUCAGAACGUAGCAGACUUCAACUGAAAGCUGUACAUGAUGUACUGAAUCGCAUUUUAAACGCAGCUCCAAUGACAUUUCAGUUUGUAUGUAAAACCAUUACCGAUAAAUUUCCCUAUUAUAAAAGGCCAGCUUAUGUGACGGCAGGGUAUGUCUAUAACGUGCUCUGGUUAAUCGAAUACAAGCCUAUAUUUGAAGAACCGAUGUUGCAGCUGGUUUUGCAGAGAUUCUUAUUACUAGAUGUUAACGCUCCAAGAGAAGAAAUUGGCGCAGAAACAGAUGACGAAGAUGACGAAGAUGACGAAGAUGACAAUGUGGACGCAGAUAGAGUUUUUCAAAUGGACGAUGUAUCCAGCUAUACUAAGACUGAAAAAACUGUUAAACAUCCUGUCGGCAAAACCUUGGAUAUUUGCCUAUUCAUGCUGUAUAGGUUUAUUGACGAAAAAUGUCGCAUUCACAAAAACAGUACCGGCGAACAGCGCUUGACUGCUAAACGCAUAUUUAAUCUAUUACUACAUAUAUUCGAUGAUACUCUGUUACCCAGCUACAAUACCCAUCAUGUGCAGUUUGUCCUAUUUUAUGUGACUAGUAUUCGUGUUGCAUAUUCUGAGGCUUUUCUUGAUUUGCUUUGGCAGAAGGUACAAAAUCCCCAAAUUUCGCCGAUUAUUGGACAUGCUGCGGUGGGAUACAUGACUAGCUUUUUAUCUCGCGCCAGAUUUUUGCCACUAAGCCUUGUACAAUACUAUUUAAAAAAAAUGAGUAUUUGGGCUCAUACCUACAUAGACGACUCGAGUAAAAAGACUUUGACUUGGUCGUUUGGUGCACACUUGGUUUUCUACUCUGUCUGCGAAACAAUUUUUUAUUUGAUUGCGUCUCGUGCCAGAUAUUUGACUGACAGUUCAAAAG